GAGUGCGACACCCAGGAACCACACCACAUGCCAACACGGAAUCUCGUCCGAAACAGCCUUCUGCCCUACCCAAGCUCGCCAAGUUACAAUCACCGCCUACACGAUGUUGGCCCAUUUGUACCUCAUCAGGAGAGCAAGCAUGCUACAUUUGCGUAGCCAUUUUGCAAUCUUCAAGAUCCUAUCUUUUUCCCCCUUGAUAUGUAAAAUACAAUACAAUUGGGGGUUGUGCCGAUGCAGUAGUCACUGCAUUGCCUCUUCUCCCUUGCUCUUGCUGUCUUCCGACCUGAAUACCCUCCAACCCGAACGGAGGAAAGUCCAACCCAGCCUUACUGGCUCGCGCGGACUCCUCGUCAUUGCUUUUGUGUUUUGUGCGGCACGCCUUCGAGUUUGCCCUGUCUCGGGCUUCGCAGGCAGUUUUCCGGUCGGCGGCAGAUAGAUUAGAGCUGAUGCGCCUGUUACAAACUUCAAUCCAUGCGU